CACAGCGGGAGUGCCAAGCCAGUGAAUUCAACUGUACCAAUGGGAGGUGUAUCCAUGGUAGCUAUAGAUGUGACUUUGACGAUGAUUGCGAGGUCCGCAUGAGCAACUGCUUGCCUCGGAUCCUGUUGCCGACGAGAAUCUCUUCCGUUGCCCGAACACCAGCCUCUUCAUCUCGGAGUCGUGGAGAUGUGACAGAAUUCCCGACUGUCCCCACGGUCACGACGAGAUUCUCAACUGCGAUCGGUAUGACGACUGUGACAGGUUCGGAAUGGUCAACUGCAGCAGCGGAGGAUGCGUGAAGGCCAGCGUCGUCUGUGACGGUAGCCACGAUUGUCCAGGCGGCUCCGAUGAAGUCUGUCCUAAACGAGAGUGUGACCUGACAAAGGAAUUUGAAUGCCACCACACCGCAGUGGGUCUCGAGUGCCUACCAACAGACUGGCUGUGUGACGGAGACAUUGACUGUUUCGAUGCGACCCACUCUGACGAAGUCAACUGCAUUUCCGUGUGUGAAGAGACGGAGUUUCCAUGUGUUACCGGAGGUCAGUGUGUCCCAAACCAGGCCCAGUGUGAUGGAACUCAUGACUGUCAAGACGGCAGCGACGAAUACAGCUGUGACAGAAACACAGUCCCCAUCCCGUGCCACAGUGGUUUCUUCCAGUGCCACAACGGUGAAUGCGUUGGCGACAGUCAACUCUGCGAUGGGGGCCGAGAUUGUGAGGAUGGGACCGACGAACACCCCAUGUGGUGCAAUGAGUCAGGUUCUGGAAGUGGGACUGUGUGUACCGGGGACUCACAUGGUUGCGAACACUACUGCAAUGAUACAAGCCACGCCUACCACUGUUCCUGUUACCCUGGAUACGUCCUUGGCGAUGACAGAAAGUGUUGCCUUGACAUAAACGAGUGUGAAGAUCGCAGUAAGUGCAGCCAGCUGUGUUGCAAUAAGCCUGGAAGUUACGAGUGCCGGUGUGUUGACGGUUUUCACCUCCAGAAAGAUGGCAGCUGCAAGCCAACUGGACCCAGAGGAUACCUUCUUCUGCUGGACAAAGUGAGCGUUAGUUCCAUCCAAUACGGCACUCACUCGGCAAGGAAGGUCGUAAGAGAUCUUGCUCAGGCCUUCGCCUUCGACUACCACUUUCGCCUAAAGCGUCUCUACUGGUCUGAAUCUGACCUAUCAAGGAGCCGUCAUAAAGUGUGCACCUCUCGUCAAUCGUGUUGAGGUCGAUAACAUCACCAUUGUCAUAGAUACUGGACUGACCAGCCCGCACGGACUUGCCGUUGACUGGAUCUCGAACAAGAUUUACUGGACCGACAUCACCAGGACGCUUGUCUCUGUGGCAGAGUUGGACGGCAGCAAAAGAACCGUUCUGUUCAGCAGUGAUAUGAAGAAACCACGUGGAAUCGCGCUCGACCCUACUACUGGGUUUGUAGUACAGUGGAACUCCUAUCUAAGGACACCUCUGAAAUGAGGACACCUCUCUAAUUAAUGUAUAUAUAGCCCACCACGGCGGUUUACACUGCGUUAUCCAGUUGUACUAGAGGUAUUCAGGAUGGUCG